UGGGCUAAUUUGCCGUUGUCUCUAAAACGUGGCGCAAACAAGCUAUAAAAUUCGUCUACAAAUGGCAACUAAGCCUGCAAGUUCGAAACCAAAGCCAAUGGAGUGGACAGAAGACCACGAUUUAUUGUUAAUGAGAGAAAUGAUGGUUAGUGAUCUUUUUCUUUACAAGAAGGGGAGUCCUAACAGAGGCGUAGUCUGGGAUUCCAUCGUUGAAAAUCUAAACCGAAUCGAAAACCCUGUAUUUGGAUUGAAAGAUAAAAGAAGUGUGCGGGACCGAUGGAACCUGUUAAAGACUAAACACAAAAAGAAAACCAGGGACGAGGAAGCUGCCAGUGGUAUUGAUGUCGAUGACCUUACUGAGAGAGAAAGUAUGAUCGAAGAGCUGUGUGCUAAAGAGGACAGUUUUGUUGAUGUCGACACAGCUCGUAAACAAAAAGAAAGAGAAAAUGCGGAAGACGUCAGAAUGAAGGCUUUAGAGCGUAUGGGAGAAACGAGGAAACGCGGCACGACUGAGGAUGAGGAUUCUAGACCAAAAAAAACACGUAGGGGAAGCAGCGAACUGAUCGAAUACCUUAAACAAAAAUCGAGCACAGACAGCGAACUUCGUCGAGAGGAAAUAGCGCUAAAAAAGAACGAGCAGGAAAUCCAAAAGCAAUCGGCAUCACAAACAGGAGAACAACAGUUAGAAAUGAUGCGAAUGAUGCAAGAUCAACACAAAAAAAUGAUGGAAAGCCAAGCACUGGUGCUUCAGCAACAGCAGCAAAUGUCGAUGGCAUUUUUGUCAACAAUGCAAAAGUUUAUGGAGAAAUUGUAAGAAGCUCUAUUUCCCGAUAUGUCUGUAGUAUAUACACACAUAUGAAUUUUUAUACUUAUAUCGUUGAGUUGCUUUACUGUAAUUGUUUUAGAAUAUAGUUCUAUUGAUUGAAGACAAUUUUCAAGCAAAGAUUUUAAAAAAAAUUAGUUUAUCAUCGAA